GGGGUGUGGAAGGAACAUUGAGCUGAGAGAGAGAGACGAUGGAGAGCUCUUGUGAGGAAUCAAAAACACCCAAUUGGGAUGUGUCCCUCUUGGAGAUCAGAGAUAGGCUUUCUGAGUUUGCAGAGGUCAGAGGAUGGACUCAAUAUCACAGCCCAAGAAAUCUCCUCCUAGCCUUAGUGGGAGAAGUGGGAGAGCUGUCGGAGAUAUUCCAGUGGAAAGGGGAAGUGGCCAAGGGGUUGCCCAACUGGAGCACAGCCGAUAAGGAGCACUUGGAGGAAGAGCUCUCCGAUGUUCUUCUCUAUCUCGUCCGUCUGGCUGAUGUCUGCGGCCUCGAUCUCGGCCAAGCCGCUCUCACCAAGAUCACCAAGAACGCUAGGAAAUACCCGGUUGCUCGAUCUUAAUUAAAAAUAUAAUAUAUACGUACGUAAUAACAAGAAUAAAAAAUAUAACAUUGAUGACUGUCACCAUCAUCAUCUUCUGAUUAUGGAACGAAAAGAUCGAUUAGGGCUAAUUGCUAGUGUCCUUAAUGACCAAAAACGUAUUCCGAUCGACAUUAGAUAUAUAUUGCUUUUUCUUAUUUCUUUUUCUCGCCAUCCUUCUUAUUAUUAGCUAGCUCAGCAGUCAUCCGUACUUGUAACUAGAUUUUGAGACGGGAACAGACCGUGUUAUCGAUGUAUGAGUCUCUGUGUGUUAUAUCUAUUUCAGUUUCACAGAAUUUCGUCA